UAGGAAUUAACAUAUUUCUUCAGUACUGUUGCAUUAAUCAUAUAUUGUUUAACACUUGCAGAACAGUUUCCUUUAGAAACUUGCGUACCAGUACUUCAACUUAGUGGAUUCAAAUAAUUUCGUUGUGCUUGAACAAAAUUAGUUGUUUGUAACGUUUAACUGCCUACCAGAAACAUGUCAUUCAUGACUAGACUGACACGGGAUAUUGUUGAGAGGGCGGAGGCCAAUCAACCCCUAUCGACUACAAUACCGUCGAAAAGGAAAACAUUAACAACUGUUAUACCUCCGCCCAAGGAGGAAUUUGCAGAAUAUAUUCGGAGCAGAUUGGAGGAAACCCCCGGCCGAGAGUGUGAGACUCCAGGAGUGACUCCGUCCGCUAGAGCAUGGGAGGCGACACCUAACUACGCUACAGCCAUGACACCAGGACAUGCUACUCCGGGCGCUAUGACGCCAGUGUCCACUGCUAGGAGACACAGCGAUAUGACCAACGCUCUGGCGACUGUUGGAUCAAAGAACAGUGCCGUUUUCAACGAUGUAAUUAGGAAAUACAUUACUGACAAGUCAGGGAGCUCCUUGACCCGGCUGCACAUAGAUGAGGUGGUUAGGAGAACCGCAGCCAAGGAGAGCGGCCGGAGGCAGAACCUGAAGAGGUUGGCUAAGAGAAAGCUCACAAGAAUGACCAGUGCAGCGAAGUCUCUUGAAGAGCAGAGAGACAGCCUCAACGAACGUCUACGGACGUUGUAUGACGAGGAGGAAGCUGAGUUGAGCAUGGCUCUUGAAAAGUUUAAUAGGCUAAAAACUAUGAGAUGUAUGAUAUAAACAAUGUGUUUUAAAUUUUGUAAAUAUUCAGUUUUUUAAAUGUAUAUACUUAUAACAUAUUUCGUAAAUUUUGUAAAUAUUCAGUUUUUCAAAUGUAUAUACUUAUAACAUCUUUCGUAAAUUUUGUAAAUAUUCAGUUUUUAAAUGUUUAUACUUAUUGCAUAUUUUGAAAAUUUUGUGAAUAUUCAGUUUUUAAAUGUAUAUACUUAUUACAUAUUUUGCACUUGUAUAAGUUUAAUGUGAGGAAUUUCAAAUCACCUGUUUCUCAAGAAUCCUAUUAUGCUUUUUUGGAAGUUAAAUA